CUAGUAUCGCACAGAAUCAACUGAGCGUUUGCAGAUCUGCAUGCCCUGCAGUCGUUACCCAGCGCGCAAAUAAGCCGGACGUGAUAAGUGUUUCAUUCAUAAAUUAAAAAAAAGUAAAAUGAAGACCAAAGAAAAGAGCAACAUCAGCCAUAUCGACGGCAGUGUGGUGUCUGUUAACUGUGACAGGAAAGUUAAAGUUAUCAUCUUACUCUUGCAAUGUUCUGUAUUCCUGGUAACUUCGGAGGAUUCGCCUGAGACUAAAGACAUCGGUGUAGACGAUUAUGAUGAUGAUAUUGGACGAAAACAUCGAAAGAAAAAGAAACAUCAAAAUAAUCCUUGUUAUGGGGGAUAUGGAAGGACGUUAGGGGAGAAGUUUGGAUCACACGACUAUACAUACGUGAACGCCCCCGUUACAAAUUACUUUUUUGGCUGCGGUGGGGGCUUACCAGUUGCUCCUGUACAACCGUAUCCUGUUCACAUUGUCCAAGGGGGUCAUGGCCAUGGAGGUCAUGGCCAUGGGGGACAUGGCCACAGCGGUCAUGGUCAUGGAGGUCACGGAUUUGGUAGCUAUGGAGGGGGUUUCGGAAUCGGGGGUCAAAAUUAUGGAGGAUACGGCGGACAAUACCAAAACCCAUUUGGAGGGCCUAACUAUGGUUACAAUCAGCCUUACCAGUAUAAUCAAUAUCCGAAUUACAACAGACCGUUACAAAACGUGGUGUCCGCUGCUGCUUCGGGCUUCGGAAAUGCAGUUGCGGGUACGAACCCUGACGGAUACAACGCUUUCCAAUCAAGAGAGCAAAUAAUUAAUGUUCAAAACAAGAGCCAAUUAAACCAUGACGACGGAAUCGAUGGUCACCAUCAAGUCAGUCAUCCUACAUCGUACACUGAGACAUUGUUACAUUUGUUUCGUGGGAACAUUGGAUCAGGACUACUGGCUAUGGGAGAUGCCUUCAGGAAUGGCGGCAUUAUUUUCGCCCCAGUCAUGACAGCUUUACUUGGUUUAAUCUGUGUUCAUGCCCAGCAUUUACUUCUAAGCUGUUCAGAAGAAAUAUAUUUUAAGACGAAACGAGACAGGUUGCCAGGGUUCGCUGAAACUGUAUCGCUCGUUUUCGAAUAUGGACCGGCAAGACUUCGAUCCCUGGCGCCUAUUAUGAAAGUUCUUGUUAAUACUUUCCUUUGCAUCACACAGCUCGGCUUCUGCUGUGUGUAUAUCGUAUUCAUAGCGACAAAUACUAAAAUGAUAUGUGACGAUUACGGUAUUUACAUAGAAUUGUCGAUCCACAUGAUAUUCGUGGUGAUACCGAUUUUGGUUAUUUGUAUGGUACGAAACUUGAAAUAUCUGACCCCAUUCUCCACGGUUGCGAACAUUCUGAUGGCACUGGGAGUUGGAGCAGUGAUGUAUGAGGCCAUGCAAGACCUGCCCCCAGUUCAGUCGAGGGAAUUUCUGGCACCCUGGCAUCAAUUGCCACUCUAUUUCGGUACUGCGAUUUACGCUUUUGAGGGUAUUGGUUUGGUCCUACCCUUGAAGAACGAAAUGAAAAACCGCGAACAAUUUCAAAAGCCUUUGGGUGUCUUGAACGUUGGGAUGGUCCUCGUGGCUAGCAUUUUCAUCGUUGUUGGUUUCUUCGGCUACCUGAAAUGGGGAGAGGAUGUCGCUGGAAGUCUCACGCUAAACUUACAACGAGGAUCUCCGCUCAGUACAACGGUCCAAGUGCUGAUCACCGUAGCGAUGUUGCUGACCUAUCCGCUACAAUUCUACGUUCCCGUUGCUUUAACCUGGCCUGCAGUACGCAAGAAGUGUGGUGAAAGGUUCAUCGUAGCCAAGGAACUGGGUUACAGAGCUCUGUUGGUGAUGCUUACUUUUAUCUUGGCGGAAUCUAUCCCACAACUCGGGCUCUUCAUAUCUCUGGUGGGUGCAAUCAGCAGCACGACGUUGGCUCUCAUGUUCCCACCCAUCAUUCAGCUCGUCUCCACUUACCAAAAUAAUAAAACGAUACCUGUGUUCAUGCUUUCCAAGAAUGUACUAAUCUUAACGCUUGGAAUUUUCAUCUUUGUCACCGGAACUUACCAGAGUGUUGCAUCUAUUAUUCGAGCAUUUUAAAAUUUUACUGGCCAGUAUUUGAGAAGGCAUGUUACGAAUAGACGUUCCUGUAUGUGGUUUCAAGUAGAUAAGUGUGUCUAUUUAUUUCUUAAAAAGAUGAAUUUAAAAUGUUUUUGUAUCACGUGGUAAACAUGUGGCAUUCGUAAUUUCUCAAGGUUCACAAUUCUCUGUUAUGAAUCGAACCGUUUUCUACAUUAUAGAUAUUUUCAAAAGCGUCUGUCUGUCUUUUCUAACAUAAUUUCUUUUUUAAGCCAAUUUAAAGUACACUUAACAGCUGAAAUCUUAAUCAGCAAUGUAUUUUUUAUAUUUUUAAUUAAUAUCAGCGUAAAAAUAAAAACAAGUAGUAAUAUUUUGUGCCAAUUUAAAACAUGUGUUUAGUAGUAUAGGUAGGUACGUAUUUUAUUAUGAAUAUAUUUAAAAAAUAGAUUUUCCUAUUUCGUAUUUAUACAUUGAUAUAAUCAUAUCAAAGUUGUAACGGGUAAAAUGGGUACUAUUUGAGCUUAUUGGUUUAGUAGUAUCUUUUUAUUCAACCAAAUAUAAUGUAAGUUUUGUUACUUUUUUUACAGAUCAUCAAUAUUUAUAUAUAGAUACACAAAAUAAUGAUGAAAUGAAUGAAAUUAAUAUUUAGCCAUCAAUAUAAACUGUUAUAUCCAUAAGAACUUUAUUCAUAGUAUAUUAAAUGUUCAAAAAGUUAUUCUAGUAGAAUUAUUUUCGGACCACAUGUUAGAUAUAAAGCAAUGUGUCUAGCGUACCAUGGGCUUACCCACAAGGCAAGGUGGGGGCCACCCUGACUCGAAGCUAAUAAUUGAUAUUUAAGAUUUUAAUAAGAAAACUUCAGGUAGAUUUAGUCAAAACCUCUGCAAGCUCUUAUUGAAGUCGUAUAUAUAGUGAAAGUAAAUGAAAAGUUGCAGUAAAUAAAAAUAAUUUUUAAUUA